GAAGGGAAACCAUUGCACGGGCAAUAUCGAAUAAACGUGCAGAAGCCCUAUGUUGAUCAAGCAGCUACCAACUUAUGGUUAACAACAGGCGACUUAAAAGGUGAGACUGAAGGUUUCAUCAUUGCUGCACAAGACCAAUCGCUAAUGACACGCAACUAUCAACAUUACGUCCUUAAAGACAACACCACUGAUGGUCUCAGCAGACUAUGCCACAGCAAAACGGAAUCUAUCGAUCAUCUUCUUACCGGCUGUGAGAUUCUUGCACCAACACAGUACUUAAAAAGACACAACAACGCAGCCUCUUACUUACACUGGGUUAUCUGCAAAGAUCACGGAGUUCAGGUGACAGCCAAACGGUACCAGCACGAUCCACCAAAGGUUGUAAUCAAAGAUCACAAGACCAUCAUGUGGGACUGUUCAAUAAUAACAGAUAGGGCAAUUCAUGCGAACAGGCCAGACAUAGUGGUUAAAGACAGCAUGAAUAACACGUGCCAACUGAUUGAUAUGUCAACACCAUCAGAUCGAAACAUCUACCUUAAACACCAUGAAAAGAAAAGCAAGUAUAAAGACCUUGAAAUUGAAAUUAGAAGAAUGUGGGGUACCAAUACGGAAGUUAUAUCAGUCAUUGUAGGGGCCCUAGGAACGAUAAAAAACGGAACAACAGAAAAUCUGCAAAAAACAUCAACCAACAUUCAGAUAAAAACAUUGCAGAAGAUUGUACUGUUAAGCUCAUCCCACAUGAUGAGAAAAAUUGCGUUUGGUCAAGCUAACACCCUUUUGAGAAUACUUUCAUGGAAAGUCAGAUCCUCUCCUGAUUAGCUCUCCUACAUUUCAAGCUUGAUGAUGCUAUCCAGUAGUGACCAAAGACAAUCAUUUCGAAGCAAUCGUCUGAGGCUUGACUCUUAUCCUAAGAUAUAACCUUACUCUGGAACAGGGUAUCGAUUUCGCCGAUUUUUCUCUGUAACAAGGACAGCGUUUAAAAAUUCACGGUGUAAACAUUCGGUCUACACGCAGGCUAGUGCUGUAUUUUACUGUGGAACAGGGUAUCGUUUUCAGCGAUUCUACUCUGGAACAGGGUAUAGU